UGUCCACCGCUCCAGGUCCAGGUCCUGGGUCCAGCUCUGACCCUUCAGCGGAAACUGCACACGUCACCUUCAUUAUCAGUCUUGAUCUUGUCUUGUCAAACUCGCCGAGUCGGCGUAGUCGUAGAUCUAGGGAACACCGUCUGAAAAUCUCGGUCAACCAAGUUCUGCCGCGCUGCACAUCUCCGGCUACUGGCAGCAGCUAGCGAGAAAAGCAGUUUUCUGAGCUGGGUCAAGUAUUACUUCGUCGUUGCAUUGCGGCAGGCGAAGUGCAGGCUUGAGUUUGGAGAAUACACGUUCAGCAAGGACAGACACUGGCGUCGCAAUGGGGCCGUGGGCAUCCAAGAGCACGUUCACAGAAACCUUGGUGAAAAGCAGGUGGGACCCCGAGCAAUUCGAAAUUGCCGCGAGGGAAUUCCUGAAAGCAGAACUUCAAGAUGCCGAAGCUGAGGAUUGCGAGCGUCACAAGUACCGUCUCCAGGAAUGCUUGGACCGGUUGCGGAUGUAUUCGCUGGCUGUUCCAGAGGGUCGUCUCACCAAGGAUACCUUUCCGGGCCUGAUGAACAUGAGGGAUUUCGGGUCGCUAAGAAUCGCGCUGCUCGGACGGCCGAAGAUGGGGAAGAGCGAGACAACGAACAGCAUCCUCCGGCUAUUCAAUCAAAUGGCCUGUGAACAGGUGUUCUCAGUUGGAGAGGGCGACAAAACUGUCCGCGACGCUCCUCUAUACUGUCAUGAUCCUUUGGUAGGCAGACCUGCCGAUGACGCUGAACCGGAGCGGUCAGCAAUCACCUUCAGGAAUAGCAGGGGCAGCGGUGAGCUUUCAAAUGAGACGGAGAGGAACGUCAUGAGCGAUGUGUUGACCAACAAGCUGCAUCCCCCUGAAGAGUGCAAGGAGUCGCAACGCGAUGAAGAGAGUCAUAUGGCUGACCAAUGUCAUUCUGCCAUGUUUGUCAUCUCAUUUCGCGCAUUGAACAACGAAAGUACUCUGGAGCAGCAGUUCUGGGAGCCGUUCAGGCAAUUAUUUAAGGAUAUGGAUAUCACCCCGGUGACUUUUGUCACCCACACGAGACUUCUAGAGGGCCAGCUUGACCCCCACUCCAGUGAGCCCAUCAGUGUACAGGGUAUCAUUGGUUCCAUGCCGUGCAAUGUGUUCCCGAUCGAGAACAAGAACCCCACGUCCAACCCUGACCUAGUCCUGCAGCGACUGAGACAAGAGUUAUCGCUCGCCCUGAUGGAGACGAUCUAUCACGCCGAAAUGCGCUUGUAUCGACGAGAGCUUCAGGCACUUCACGGUGAAAAGGAAAAUGAUGCAACCAUUACACCAGAGAAGCACAAUGUGACAAGAUUUCUGCGCACAGUUGCGACCAAAUAUGCUUGGCCAUCGCAUCGUCUUGUUAGGGUGGAGGAGAGUCUGAACAGGCAGUGGCUGAGGAUGAAUCUCCAGGAAGACACCACACACGUGACAAUGGAUCAUCUGAAACAGCUGCUGAACGCUACCGAUGUGUUCCAGGACCUGCGCAACUGUGCUCUGUGGAGUGCGUACGGAGUGGCCAACCUGCUGGUGCAGCUGAGGAAGGAACUGCGAUUGCCGACCUGUGAAUCUCACAAUACAUAAUUGGUGAAUUCUCUUCAGGGCUCCACCGAUGUGUCUACAGCUUCUCUCUUGCCUGUAAUUCAGCAGAUCGUUACUCACACAGGUUGGUCUAGCGUCAUUUGUAUUCAACACGAUUGAAGUUGCAUUCACGUGUCUUGCACUAGACUAUCGAUUUUGGAGCAUUUGCAUGCGCGCGUUAUUUUUCCAUUACACAUGCGAGUCAUGAAAUUGUGCAAGCUUGCAUCUCCUCCACUGGAAUGCCAGUCAGGGAGCAUUGGACCACGCAUGUAGACGUGCAUUGCCAUUAGACUACAGGUCAUGCAGAGAUUGUACGUAUGCAUAGAGAACCGUGUUUCGCCUUUGCAUGAUUCCUCGCUGCAAUGCUCUUGUCUAAAGCAGAUCUUUAGAUCGUUAUGCCAUCAUUCAGCUUUCAUUUGAUUUCACCAGGUUUAUGGCUGUUUCAGUGCCACCCUGCUCUCUACUUGGAUUAGAAUUCCGAACACCUUCGAUGCCCAUAGAAUAAUGUUGCUGCUUUGUUGUCGACUGAGCACAACAUGUACCUAGUUCCCGUUCUGCCUUUACGCGUGUAUUCACAGUCUUAUUGCUCCUAGCUGAAUGACAUCUAGGCGACUGGAAUUAGUGGUACAUGGGGAAACAAAAUACUGACCGACAUGUGUACCAUGCCA